UUGAUAAUGUCAUGUAGAUACCGCUGGCUACAAGAUCCUAGCUGUCGUUAACCAGCUUGCUAUUGCGCGUGGAUAGCUUAUAAAACAUACUCGCAAAUAAGAUUAACGGUUUUGAUAACGCAAGGCUGGCUAGAUAGCAAGGAUACCCGCAUGUUUUAGAAACAGGCUCCACUAUUUAAAAAAUAUAUUUAUGUUUUUUUUCCUGAGCUACCGACAAUAAGUCGCCCCUGGAACAUUUGUUUAAAUCGUGGGAAAUGAAAGGAGGGACACACUGACUGAGGGAAACACCUGCGUAAACCUGAAUUCUUUCUGCUGCUUUGAGGUGACCACUGAUUCCACUUUUUAUGCAAUGGAGAUGACCACGGAUUCGAAGGUGUUCCCCAGGACCCCACUGCGUCUUCGAUGCUGUUACGCGCUGCUUAUACUGGGAUCUAUGGUGCUAGUUUCUAUGACGACAGCAAGCCCCCCACAAACAGCCCUGCUGGCAGCAUCUCCAGGCUACUCUGUCCGCACGUUUGUGAGCUUCGGCCAUUCCCUCACUCUCCCCUGCCGUGGAGACCCCAGCAGGGGUGUGAAGUGGCGCUUUCAGCAGUAUGGGUAUCCUGACAGGCUGGACUUGGCUGUACUCGUCACCGGAUCCUUUUCCUCUGGAAACGGCUUCCAGGGACGGGUGGAAUCCUUCCACUUAAUAGAUCCGGGAAACUACAGCCUCCUCCUCGGUCCUGUGGUGUACAGUGACCUCGGCAUUUACAAAUGCCAGUACUACGAUGAUGAGAUCAUUCUUUCAGAUGUGAAACUAGACAUUAGAGUCCCAUCAAAUGUUUCCGUAGCGAUGGGAAUGUCCGCCAGUCUUCCUUGUUUUGGGAAAAUUAAUAUGCAAGCGCGUGCUGAUGAUCUGGAUAUCCUCUGGAAGAGAGGUGGAGAGAACGUUUACCAGCUCCUUAACAACACCAUCACAUAUGGGCCCAGGUUCGAGAACAGAGCUUCAGUUUCCCCAGAACAAGCCGUCUAUGGAAACAUGUCUUUGACCAUCAGACAGACACGGUUUUCAGAUGAAGGCGACUACCAGUGCUUCUACAACAGUCCGAAAGAGAGAGGGAAUCCAGAUUCUGCCAGUCUCGUUGUGACAGGCCACCCACCCCAGAACCUCACAGUGGAGGCCGGUGGUUUGCUCUCCAUACCGCUCUAUACCGCAGACCCAGUGAGGGUAACAUUCAGUGCAGGCCUUGGUUCAGAUGAGGUGCUGAUGCUCGAUGCAAAUAAAGGCCCAGCCAGGUAUGGGGAGCGUUGUGCUCAGAGAUGUGAGCUUCUGGCCCAAAACUACACCCUUUUGCUGAGGAGUGUGACACUGGAGGAUGCCGGAGUCUACAAGGUGACCAAUCCUGAGACCAAAAGGACCAUCGGCUCAGUCUAUGUGCGAGUCUCAGGAUUCUCUGUUGAAGAAGUGGCUGCUAUAGUGGUGGGAGUGAUGGUGCUGGUGCUGGCUCAUGUUGGCAGCGUCUUUGCAUUCCGGAGGUGCUGCUGAACGACAGGAAACAUUCAAAAUAUAUAUAAAGUUUGUUUCCGUGCAGCCAGAACAGGAGGUCACUAAGGUUCCAGCUGCAGAGCAGCAUGCGUUCUGUUUCCUGACAGCCCUGGACCCCCUCUCUCUGUGUCCUGUAGGGCAGUUGAAAACCCGACC